UCCCUCGUUUUUCUGCUGAACUGGCAUUAGCCCUCCAAACUUCUAUUUACUCAUCACCUUUUAUUCCAUUUAAUUCAUACUCAAGCUUCCCCCUUCCUCCUCCUCCUCCGUUGCCCCUACCCACCUUCCAGCAUGACUGGCACUCCAAAACCUCCCAGAAUAAAGCUAUCUUUGCCAGCCAUUACAGCCAUCAUCUGCACCUUGGCCUUCAUUGCUCUAUUGUACACUGAAAGAAUCAGCCUCCUCUCUUCCAGCAACAUUUUCAAAUUCAAAUCCUGCCCCAAGCGCCAUGCUGCAAAGCCUAAGAAGUUAAUACCAGAUGAUAAAGAAUUGAAGAGCCGUCCGAUUAGUGAGGCAACGGAUGAUAGGUUCGAGUUUGACGCUGAGGAGUGCAGUCUUACUGGCGGGAAAUGGGUGUUUAAUACUUCGAUUAAGCCUUUAUACACGGACACUAGUUGUCCGUACGUUGACAGACAGUUUUCGUGCGUUAAGAAUGGCAGAGAAGAUUCAGAUUAUCGUCAUUGGGUAUGGCUGCCGGAUGACUGCAUCUUGCCAAGCUUUGAUCCCGAGAAUGCUCUGAGGAAGAUCCGAGGGAAGAGGAUGAUGUUCGUCGGGGAUUCACUGCAGAGAAACCAGUGGGAGUCUUUUGUUUGCAUGGUUAAUUCUGUAAUACCGGAAGACCAGAAGUCCAUGAAGCGCGGUCGUGGUCAUUCUGUGUUCCAAGUUAAGGAGUACAAUGCCACGAUUGAAUUCUAUUGGGCGCCGUUCUUGGUGGAGUCUAACACCGAUAUCCAGAUAAUAGCGGAUGCCAAGAAGAGAAUCAUAAAGGUGGACUCCAUUUCCAGGCGUGGCAAGCACUGGUUAGGAGUAGAUAUCUUGGUCUUCAAUACUUAUGUUUGGUGGAUGAGUGGCCUAAAGUCCAACGCUUUGUGGGGUUCAUUUGAAAAUGGUGAAGAUGGCUAUGAGACAUUUGACACCCCUGUGUCAUACAAACUGGCACUGCGUACAUGGGCAAACUGGAUAGACUCAAACAUCGAUCCCAACAAAACGCGGGUGUUUUUUACCACAAUGUCGCCUACACACACCAGGAGUGCGGAUUGGGGGAAAGAGGGGGAGUUAAAGUGCUUCAACGAGACGAGGCCGGUGACGAAGAAGGGGCACUGGGGAACAGGCUCAAACCUGGAGAUGAUGAGCGUGGUGAGCAGCGUGAUGAAGAGGAUGAAGGUCCCGGUUACUUUCAUCAACAUCACACAGCUAUCGGAGUACAGAAUCGACGGCCAUGCGUCAAUCUACAAUGAGCUGGGAGGGAAGCUACUGACGGAUGAACAGAAGGCAGAUCCUAUGCACUAUGCAGAUUGCAUACAUUGGUGCUUGCCUGGCGUCCCCGACACGUGGAAUCAAAUACUGUAUGCAUAUUUGUAGCAGCCACACAAACUGAAAAUAAAUUCCCCGCUGCUGGGAAUGGAAUCAAAUUAAACUUCUUCUUCUUCUUUUUUUUUUUUGGCGUGUAAACUUAGUUGGAUUCAUUGUAAUUUGUAAAAAUCUUGUCUUGAACUGUACUAUAUGGUAAAAAAAAGUAAAUGAAAUUUACCAUAGGUUGCGUUUCC